UAGACGGCCCAGAUACUUUCCCCCACCCCGAACCGCCCAUCGAUUCUCGUCUCCCGACGACCCGCGCGGCGGCGCGCAUCUGGGCCUCCGCCGGCGGCCGGACUACAUGAGUGAGUCCCUCGCUUUCUCUUCUCCCUCCCUCCGUUCUUCUCGCGAGCGGGGCAGGCGGAGCAAGCCCGAGCUUGGCCGGCAGCGCGCGGUGGCGGGGCUGCUGCUUCUUGCCGGCGGCGUGGCAGUAGCGGGGGCGGGUCCUUGGCGCAUUUCUUUAGGCGUGCUUUCCCGCUGCAGGAGCAGGAGCAGGAGCUUCGGAGACGAGACAAGACGGUGCUGACGCGCCCAUGAGCUUCACGGCAGCAGCUUGAUUUCCUCCCCCAAAUUCCAGGACAUAAUGGCAGAUAUACAGUUAAGCCGUUACACUAUAAAGUCCCAUGGAGCCAAAAUUGCAAGACUCCACAUGUAUGACUGGAUAAUACUUGUCCUCCUUGCUGUCAUAGAUGGAUUGUUGAAUAUAAUUGAGCCUUUUCACCGUUUCGUUGGGAAGGACAUGAUGACUGACUUGAGAUAUCCCUUACAGGGCAAUACUGUGCCCUUUUGGGCUGUUCCGGUCAUUGGAAUUGUCUUACCCUGUGCCAUCUUUGGUGGAAUUUACUUCAAGAAGAAGAAUUUCUAUGAUUUGCACCAUGGCAUUCUGGGUAUUCUUUAUUCGGUGCUCAUAACUGCGGUGAUUACUGAUGCAAUUAAGGAUGGAGUUGGCCGACCACGUCCUGAUUUCUUCUGGCGCUGUUUCCCAGAUGGAAAGGAUCUUUAUGAUAAUGUUACUACUGGCGUUCUGUGCCAUGGGGAGAAGAGUGUCAUCAAGGAAGGUCACAAGAGCUUCCCAAGUGGACACGCAUCAUGGUCUUUCGCCGGCCUGGGCUUCCUCACGUGGUACUUAACUGGGAAAAUCGCAGUUUUUGAUCGUAAAGGCCAUAUCGCAAAGCUGUGCAUCAUUGUUCUGCCUCUACUUACUGCUGCGCUCGUUGCCGUUUCUCGAGUGGAUGACUACUGGCACCACUGGCAAGAUGUGUUUGCUGGAGCUAUCAUAGGUCUCACAGUGGCCUCGUUCUGUUACCUGCAAUUUUUCCCAUAUCCUUUCGACACAGACGGAUUGUGGCCUUACGCGUACAACACCCUCCAGCUAGCCGAGGCGGGCAUUGCAGCAAACUCCUUCAGCGUGCGGCCGACAGAGGAGACGGUGGAAGAAGGGCAAGGUGAGGGUGGGAUCGCCCUGAGAGACGCCGUGCGGCCCACGGAGGAGACGGUAGAAGAAGGGCAAGGCCGGGGCGGGGUCGCCCUGAGAGACGCCCUAAAAUAUGAUGAAAACUAGGAGUGGAAGGAUCCAGCGAUACCCUAACUACAACGACCGUCCGUGGGCUUACGUUUUCGAUGCACGUCGCAGGCGGCUGUCUGGGAGCUGUUUUUCUCAUGCACACUUUGGUUUGAUUGGUGUGUUAUUGACC